UCUGUCCGUGCCGGGGAUCCACGCGAGCCAUGGCGCCAGCGGAAAUCCUGAACGGAAAGUUGGUCUCCGCGCAAAUAAGGGAGCGACUGAAAAACAAAGUUACUCAGAUGAAGGAGCAAGUACCAGGUUUUACCCCAGGACUGGCGAUUUUACAGGUUGGCGACAGAGAUGACUCCAAUCUUUAUAUAAAUGUGAAGCUGAAGGCUGCAGAAGAGAUUGGGAUCAAAACCACCCACAUGAAGUUACCAAAAACGGUCACAGAGUCUGAGGUGGUGAAGUGCAUUACCUCUUUGAAUGAGGACACCACUGUCCAUGGGUUCAUAGUGCAGCUCCCUUUAGAUUCAGAGAAUCCCAUCAACACUGAAGCAGUGAUCAAUGCCAUCUCGCCCGAAAAGGAUGUGGACGGGUUGACGAGCAUCAGUGCUGGGAAACUUGCUAGAGGUGACCUACAUGACUGUUUUAUCCCUUGUACACCAAAAGGAUGUUUGGAACUCAUCAAGGAGACAGGGGUACAGAUUGCUGGCAGGCACGCUGUGGUGGUUGGCCGCAGUAAAAUAGUUGGUGCCCCGAUGCAUGACUUGCUUCUGUGGAAUAAUGCGACUGUAACCACUUGCCACUCAAAGACGGCCAAUCUCAAUGAAGAGGUGAAUAAAGGUGACAUCCUGGUGGUCGCCACUGGUCAGCCAGAAAUGGUGAAAGGGGAGUGGAUCAAACCUGGAGCAAUAGUCAUCGACUGUGGAAUCAAUUAUAUCCCAGAUGCUUCAAAACCCAACGGGAAAAAAGUCGUGGGUGAUGUGGCUUAUGGUGAGGCUCGAGAGAGGGCAAGCUUCAUCACGCCAGUGCCUGGUGGCGUUGGGCCCAUGACGGUGGCAAUGCUAAUGCAGAGCACGGUAGAGAGUGCACAGCGUUUCCUGGAGAAGUGUAAGCCCGGAAAAUGGAGGAUUCAGUAUAACAGCCUCAACCUCAAGACACCUGUUCCCAGUGACAUUGACAUAUCACGAUCUUGUAAGCCGAAGCCCAUCGCUAACCUAGCUCGAGAAAUUGGUCUGCUCUCUGAAGAGGUUGAAUUGUAUGGAGAAACCAAGGCCAAAGUUCUGCUGUCAGCACUGGAACGCCUGAAGCAUCAGCCUGAUGGGAAAUACGUGGUGGUUACUGGAAUAACUCCAACACCACUGGGAGAAGGGAAAAGCACAACCACAAUCGGGCUAGUGCAAGCCUUGGGGGCCCAUCUUCACCAGAAUGUCUUCGCUUGUGUGCGACAGCCCUCUCAGGGCCCCACCUUUGGAAUCAAAGGUGGCGCUGCAGGAGGAGGCUACUCUCAGGUCAUUCCUAUGGAAGAGUUCAACCUGCACCUCACAGGUGACAUCCACGCCAUCACUGCUGCCAAUAACCUCGUUGCUGCAGCCAUCGAUGCCCGGAUGUUCCACGAACUCACCCAAACAGACAAGGCUCUCUUUAAUCGUUUGGUACCUUCAGUAAAUGGAAUUCGAAAGUUCUCUGAUAUACAGAUCCGACGGUUACAGAGACUGGGUAUUGAAAAGACUGAUCCCUCUUCACUGACAGAUGAAGAAAUAAACAGAUUUGCAAGAUUGGAUAUUGAUCCAGACACUAUAACUUGGCAAAGAGUGUUGGAUACCAAUGAUAGAUUCCUGAGGAAGAUCACCAUUGGCCAGUCUCCCACGGAGAAAGGCUACACGCGCACGGCUCAGUUUGAUAUCUCUGUGGCCAGUGAAAUCAUGGCGGUCCUGGCCCUCACCAGCUCCCUGGAGGACAUGAGAGAAAGACUGGGCAAAAUGGUGGUGGCAUCCAGCAAGAAAGGGGAACCCAUCAGUGCUGAAGAUCUGGGAGUGAGCGGUGCUUUGACGGUGCUCAUGAAGGAUGCGAUCAAGCCCAAUCUCAUGCAGACAUUAGAGGGCACUCCAGUGUUCGUCCAUGCAGGGCCAUUCGCCAACAUUGCCCAUGGCAACUCCUCCAUCAUUGCAGACAGGAUUGCGCUCAAGCUGGUUGGCCCGGAAGGGUUUGUAGUGACUGAGGCAGGAUUCGGAGCUGAUAUCGGCAUGGAGAAGUUUUUUAACAUCAAGUGCCGCUAUUCGGGACUCCGUCCCCAUGUGGUGGUGCUUGUGGCCACCGUCAGGGCUCUCAAAAUGCACGGAGGGGGCCCCACGGUCACCGCUGGACUGCCUCUUCCCAAGGCUUACAUCGAGGAGAACUUGGAACUCGUGGAAAAGGGCUUCAGUAACCUGAGGAAACAAAUUGAAAAUGCCAGAAUGUUUGGCGUGCCUGUCGUGGUGGCGGUGAAUGCAUUCAAGACAGACACAGAGACUGAACUGGACCUCGUCGGCCGCCUUGCCAAAGAGCAUGGGGCUUUUGAUGCUGUGAAAUGCACUCACUGGGCAGAAGGAGGCCAGGGGGCCUUGGCUCUGGCUCAGGCUGUCCAGAGAGCAGCGCAGGCACCCAGCAGUUUCCAGCUCCUUUAUGAUGUCAAGCUCCCAGUUGAGGAGAAAAUCAGAAUCAUCGCGCAGAAGAUCUAUGGUGCUGAUGACAUUGAGUUGCUGCCUGAAGCUCAACACAAAGCCGAGGUCUACACAAAGCAGGGCUUUGGAAAUCUGCCCAUCUGCAUGGCCAAAACACACUUGUCUUUGUCUCAUAAUCCUGAGCAGAAAGGUGUGCCAACAGGCUUUGUCCUGCCCAUUCGAGACAUCCGCGCCAGUGUCGGAGCUGGUUUUCUGUACCCGCUGGUGGGCACGAUGAGCACAAUGCCUGGACUUCCCACCCGGCCCUGUUUCUAUGACAUUGAUUUAGAUCCUGAAACUGAGCAAGUGAAUGGACUAUUCUAA